AUGGCAAAUAAUGUCUCGAAAAGUUUGAGAAUUUAGGUCAUUUCGAGACGCACGAGUCGUGAGCUUGAGUAAACGAAAAAAAAACCAAACAAUCAAACCGGAGACUGUAUAACGAAACUUUCCUGAGAGAACGUAAUAAAUAGUUAACAUGAACGCGAGAGUUGCCAUUCCGCCUGGUACCUGAAUCCUUGAUAGUCCAACAGCCUAACAGCAAAGCAGGCUUAUCAGUGUCUAUUCAUAUAUUUCCUGGUGAAACUGUGCUCGGUGUCUCGAUGGUCUCAUUCGAUUAAAAAAUGACUUCAGUUCAGGAUGAGUAUUAUGAAUUUGCUGUGGAACUGGCACGAGAUGCAGCCAAGGUCCUCAAAAACUCCAUUGGCAGUUUAAAAAUUAUGAAGGAGAAACAGGGAGAUUGGGAUUUGGUUACGCAGUACGACACUAAGAUCGAAGAAAUAAUUUUAGGGCAAAUCAAAAUAAAAUAUCCUCGUCACAAAUUCAUAGCAGAGGAAUCAACUGGACAAAAUUUACCAGAAUUGACGAAUGAUCCUACGUGGAUCGUAGAUCCUAUAGAUGGCACAACCAAUUUUAUUCAUGGCUUUCCACAUACUUGUGUCGUUAUUGGUUUGGCAAUGGAAAAAGACAUGGUUCUUGGAAUUGUUUAUAAUCCAAUAUUGGAACAAUUCUUUAGUGCCAGAAAAGGUAAAGGCGCGUUUUUGAAUGGGGAACGCAUUAAAACCUCCGCAGUACAAGACAUUUCUAAAGCGCUAAUCUGCUUCGAACCUGGCUUUAUAAAAGUUGACUACCUCAGAGAAUACAUGGUAGAAAGAAUCGAAACAAUUGCUCGUAAAGCCCAAGGAAUCCGCACUCUCGGAGUUGCCGCUAUCACGUUAUGCUACGUGGCGCUGGGAGUCGUGGAGGCCUAUCCAAUUGAGGGACCAGGAAUUUCAACGUGGGACAUAGCCGCAGCGUCCUUGAUAAUAUCCGAGGCUGGUGGCGUAGUGGUGGACCGAGUGACAGGAGAAAAGGUCAAUUUGAUGAAACCACGGGCUAUCGGCGCGUGUAACCAGAAGAUCGCCAAGGAACUCAUUCGGAUCUUACGAGAUGCUGAUGCAAGAGUGGACGCAAGAAAGAAAUAAUCAUUACAACUAUUUUCUCUCAAUCAUCGACUCCGUCAACGUCAUUGAUUUUUCAGCAAUAAAUUUCAGACUAGUUUUUUUUCCCUUUUUAAA